UGUAUAAAAUGCAUAAAAUGUCAAAAUAGAAAAAUUCAAUUUAAUUUUUAAAAAAAAUUGCCAUUUUUCGACUAUUCAAGUUAUUUGAAAAAAUUCCAGUGUGCGAAAAGUGAACAAAUUUAUUAGCAUUCCAAGAAAAUUGGGAAUAAAUUAUUUAAUUGUAUGACAAGAGAAUAGAAGACACAUACACAUUUGCGCAUCGUGCUUGGGUGCUCUCUGUGUUUGACGUUUUUGUUGUUUAUUGGGAUUUCCAAAGGUUACAUAUAUUUGUCAUCAUCAAUUCCAAUUGCAUCAAGUUGCUCUCGGUUUCAAGUGAAUCAUACAUUCACGAAAGUACUCCAGGUCAAGAAACUUUCUACAUUAAUAACCUGUCAAUAGCGUAAAAAGGUUGUCAAUUCGGAAUUUAAAAAUGGCACUUUAUCCAUCCUUGGAAGAUAUGAAGGUUGAUCAGCUUAUGAAGGCUCAAUUACAAGCUGAAACUCAAUAUCCAUCAAUUUCACCUAAUUCAAUAGCUCAACCUGCUGCUCCUUCGGCUCCACCAUUAUUAUCACCCUCUCAAGUUGGUGGUCCUGGUGCACUUUAUCCAUUAUUGGGUGAAUAUAUGGGACUGGAAAUAAAUGAAGAUGCGAUUGCUCAAAGUUUACCGGAAUAUGCUAUCAUCAAUCGUGAAAGUUUUGAAAUGGCUAUUCCUGCUCAAAGUGGUCCUCUUGCCGGAUUGACUGCUCCAGUUUCGAGUCAAUCACUUUCACUACAAAAAGCAAUUGUCACCAAUGGAAUCAGAGAAUUGACACUUUGUAAGGAUCAGAACGGAAAAAUUGGAAUUCGAGUUCACUCGGUGAACAAUGGUGUUUUUAUUUGUUUAGUGACAAAAGGAUCUCCCGCUGCAUUGGUUGGUUUAAGAUUCGGUGAUCAAAUUUUGGAUAUUAAUGGUGUAUCGGUAGCUGGAUAUUCUAUGGAUCAAGUUCAUAAAAUCUUUCGUAAUUCACCGGUGAAUGGAAUAAAAGUUGUCGUGAGAGACAGACCAUUUGAGAGAACAGUCACAAUGCACAAAGACAGCACUGGACAUAUUGGCUUUCAAUUUAAAAACGGAAAAGUCACUGCAUUAGUUAAGGAUUCAUCGGCCUCUCGAAAUGGACUCCUCACUGAUCAUCAAAUUCUCGAGAUUAAUGGCAAAAACGUGAUUGGUUUAAAGGAUAAGGAUAUAACGAUUGAAAUAGAAAGUGCUGGUGACAUCAUAACAGUGACAGUAAUUCCUUCCUUUAUCUACGAUCACAUGAUUAAAAAAAUGUCUGGCAGUCUCCUGAGAAACAUAAUGGACCACUCAGAUCCAAUGCUUUAAACGACGAACAAAUUUGAUAAAGCACGAAACUUAAUUUUUACAAACAAUGACUGAUAAAGGAAUGACAAAAUUACUUCCAAUUCUUUUUCUAAAAUAUUUAUUAUUCAAGGUAAGCAUAUUUAUAGUCUAAGAAAAUAUCAUUUUUUAGUCAUUUUUCCACAGUAAUUAUUAAAAAGAAAAAAAAAUCUUGCCAAAAGAAAAUGACUUCAAAGCACGAUGAAGGCAUUAUAAAAACGAAAAAAAAAAUAGUUUGUCGUUUUUUGCACAAGUUUGCGAAAUUUCACACUCACACACAGAGAGAAAAUAAUUAGUUUUAGUGAUACGUAUAAUAAAAAAGGCUUCUUUUUACAAUUCGGCAGAAUAAUGCAUAUUAACUAUUUAAAAAAAAACAUUGAAUGUGGACUAAAUAUUAGAAAAUUGGUAGCCUAUAGGGAUAAGAAUAAGAAUAAGAAUCUUGCUCUUUAAACCUAUUUACGUAUUUACUAUACUAGAGCUGAAUCUCUAAAGAAGAUGCUCAAGAAAAAAAAACUUAUUGUCACACACUAUAUUGAAAUAAAGUUAAAGCUACUUCCAAAAUUGAAAUUUUGUCAAAUUUCAAAUUUAGUGCGCUUUUUUUUAUUCUUCAAAUCAAGUUUUUUGAAAUAAAAUCAAAACCAAAAAGGCCUUCCACUUUCAAUUAAUUCAUUAAUUGCUAAUAGACUUUAUUUCAGUAUUAUAACUAAGUUUAAUCCCAGUGAAAUAUUUCCUCUACAGAUAUUUAAGAGAUGAUUUUUGUCUAUCAGAAUUGAUUAUAUAUAUGAAAAUAUAAAUAUAUAUUUAGAGGUAAAGAAAAAUUCACGAAUAGUUUGCAGUUGAAUUUAAAUAUUCCAAGUGCCAAUUUAAGGUUCUAGUUUUCAAAAUAAAAAAAUUAAUUCGAGGUGUAUAGUUUAAAGCGUAUAAAAUUUUUGUUAUAAAUAUUUACAAUUAUAUUUUUUGAAGUUAAUUUUUUUGGUUAAGAAAUGAUUUUUUGUUUUUUUUUAUAUUAUCACACCGAGUCUGAAAGUGUAUGAGAAUAUUAUUGUUACAUUUAUUAUAAACUACGAUGUCAAUAUUUUUCAGAAUCGUAAAAUCAUUAUAUUAUAUUCGGUAUAGAUAUAGCCUCGAACUGCAGUAAAAAAAAAAUGUUUCUGCUAAACGUGCCACAAUUUUUUAUAGGGGAAAAAAAAUAAAAUUGUAUGUAUUUGUGUAUGUAUGAGAAGAUUAUAAAAAAUGUUAGAAACAAAGAAAAUAUAAUUCACAUGGUAGUUCUUAUGUGAUAUAUAUACAAAUUUAUAUCGACAAUAGUAUCUUUUUUUUUAUUUUAUCCUUUGUAUCGAAAGAUAUGUUAAAUAAAAAUUUUAUUUGUCA